AACUUACCAAGAAAACUUUUUGGAUGGAAGUCAAAGUGUAGAUUGGGUUGGAAGAAGUGGCUUAAUGCUAGAGCACAGUCUUAGCAUGCACGAGUCCCAUGUCAAAUCCUUUGUGCUAGAAAUAAAUACGUUCUAAACUAAGUUUUCCUUGUUUUCCCAGCUUAGAACAGUUCAGAUGUAAAAGAAGACAGGGUUCUUCACAACCUAAAGAAAAACUUCUAGUACUGUGGCCUGUUUUCUUGAAGAUAACUUCUGUAUAUAAAUGACAUCAUUUAGUCUACAUCUGAUAAAUAUUUAUGUAGAAAUUUUUUUAUUUUCUUCAUUUUGAAACCGGCUCUUGCUAUGUAGCCCAAGCUAGCCUUUUAACUGUGAUCCUCUUGCCUUAGCCUUCUACUGGGAUUAUAGGUGUUUCUUAGCACCAACCUGUGUAGCAAUACUUCUUAAAUAUCACGAUAUUUCCCUAGUUAAAACUCCUUUUAAAACUUAUGUGACCAUAAGCUAUAUCCUACUGUAUAGCUGUAGCAUAAUUUAUGUUUUCCCAUUGAAGCAUUUUCAAUUUUUUUUUAAGAUUUAUUUAUCACUUAUACAGUAUUCUGCUUACAUAUACACCUGCAUUCCAGAAGAGGGCACCAGAAUCUCAUUAUAGACGGUUGUGAGCCACCAUGUUGUUGCUGGGAAUUGAACUCAGGAACCUUGGAAGAGCAACUAGUGCUCUUAAUCUCUGAACUAUCUCUCCAGCCCCUUUUGUUUUUAUUUUUGGAGGUAAUGUUUGUCUCUGUAGUCCUGGCUGUUCUGGAACUUGCUCUGUAGACAAGGCUGGCCCUCCAACUCAGAGAUCUAGCUGUCUCUGCCUCCCAAUUGCUGGGGUUAAAGGUGAGCACCACCACACCUGGCUCAUUUCCAACUUUUUAACUUUUUAACAGAAAUACUGUUGUAUUGUAAGCCUGUGUUUGAAUAGACAUGGGCCCUCUAGAGUCCUAGAAGCUUCGUGUUUCUGUUAGCCUUUAUCUGAAAGUGAAUGUGCUGAAGGCAGGUGUUUUGUAGGUUGACACUCUAUUAUGUAUCAGGAUUUCCCAGUUUGUGAUCUCAGUGCCUGGGUGCCCCUACUCUUGACUUGCUGUCUCAACAUGUUUUUCACAUGGGGUUGGUGAUGCCAGCACAGACUUGGACCUUGCAGUUUUCCUUAAGUAGUAUCAUGUUCCUGUGGUUUGUUCUGAAUACUCAGUAUUUGGGUCUGGACAGUAUUAAUUGUACUUCAUUUUGCUAGUCUGGAGGUACAGAACAUUUAGGUCACCCCAUCAUUUUACCAUUGUAACCAACAUCUAAAGAUGUUCUGGCCUGUGAGGCAGGGUAGCACACGCCUUUAAUCCCAGCACUUGGGAGGCAGAGGCAGGUGGAUCUCUGAGUUUGAGACCAGGCUGCUCUACAGAGUGCGUUCCACGACAGCCAAGGCUACACAGAGAAAGCCUGUCCUGGCCUAAAGCUUUUUCCUUUUUUUGACUUGUUUCUUGGGAGGGUUCUUAACACACAUUGGCAAAGUGCUUGCUCCCAUAUAGAGUGCUGCACACCUAAAAUCCUAGCAGAGGCAGGAGAAUCUAGAGUUCAAGACCAGCCUCAAUUUUGUAGAAAGACCUGUUUUACAAAGAGAUAAUGGAGCGGGAGGAGGGAGAGAGUGCAUGCAUGUGCUGGGGGUCCUCUGUGUGGAAGAUGCAGAAGACCUUGUGUCUGAUCCCUGGUAGGAAAGAGAAGGAAUAGGUGGGGAACUGCUUUUUGGAGGGCCUUCUGAAUCCACGCAGCCACAAAUAAGGAGUAAUGGUCUAUCUCUGUUUUCUGGAACACUAAACAUUUAAUUUUUCUAAAAGUUUUGCUUAAUCUAAUGGAAGAGUUGUGAACUUGGAAUAUCCUUCCGUAGGUACCGUUCCUAACAACCUCUGUCUUUUCUAAACCCUACCAUGUGCUUACUGACCUUUCCAGAAGCAGACAUGGGCUCCUAGGAGACAUGGGCUCCUAGGACUGCCCUGUCCUAGACAGUCACUUAUUCAUUCCCCUCAGACAUGGGACCAGCAUCUGCAGUACUCCAGCUGCUGCUGAUCCCUCUUAGGGCUUUGAUUCAGGGACCUCUCAGCCUAUCUCAUUCUUACCCCGGGAAAAUAUUGUUUGUAAUAUAUAUUGCCCCAACUCAUUCCCAGAGGCCAGAGGCAGAAUGCAAGUGGAGAAAACAUGAACUCUACACAGGGAAACAUGGGUUUAUGUUCUGCAACCCAUUGGACAGAGCAGUCGAAUGCUCAGGGACCCUGGGUGCAAGGGGCACAGAUUUGCACACAGUGGCCUGGCCUGUGAGGCAGAUGAGGGUCUGGGCGAGGAAGAGGAUAGCAGCUCUGAGCGCAGCUCUUGCACCUCGUCCUCCACCCACCCACGCGAUGGGAAGUUCUGUGACUGCUGCUACUGUGAGUUCUUCGGCCACAAUGCGCCACCCGCUGCCCCGACGAGUCGGAAUUAUACUGAGAUCCGGGAGAAGCUCCGCUCGAGGCUGACCAGGCGGAAAGAGGAGCUGCCCGUGAAGGGGGGCGCCCUGGGCGGGAUCCCGGGGGAGCCUGCGGUGGACCACCGAGAUGUGGAUCAGCUGCUGCAAUUCAUCAACAGCACGGAGCCCAAAGUCCCCAACAGCGCCAGGGCUGCCAAGCGGGCCCGGCACAAGCUGAAAAAGAAGGAAAAAGAGAAGGCCCGAUUGGCAACCGAAGCUCUGAAGCAGGUGAAUCGUGUUUCUGGAAGCCAGGAGCCAAGGCCUGCCAGGGAGACGCUCCUGGAGUGGCCUGAGCAGGAGCUGGACCGGGUCAAUAGCUUCUUAAGCAGCCGCUUGCAGGAGAUCAAGAGCUCCGUCAAAGACUCCCUCUGUGCCAGUUUCAGCAUGUGUGAGCUCAGCAUGGAUAGCAGUGGCUUUAAGGAGGGGACCAUGGAAGCUCAUCCCCAGACUCUAACCCCUUCAGACCUCAAUGGCUCUGAGCAACAGCCUGACAUAAACCUUGAUCUGUCCCCUUUGACUUUGGGCUCCCCUCAGAGCCACACAUUACAAGCUACAAGUGAGCCAGUCCCCCCAUGGGCAGAAAGGAGAGACUCUCACCCAUCAUGGACAGAGGUGAGGGGUCCCCCUCCUGGUACCCCUGAGAAUGGGCUUGUGAGAAGACUCAACACUGUGCCCAACCUUUCCAGGGUGAUCUGGGUCAAGACACCCAAGCUAGGCAAUCCUAGUUCUGAGGAAAGUUCAAAGGAAGUUCCCAGCUGCAAACAGGAGCUGUCUGAGCCUGUGGCCACAGGUGGGAAACCAAGAAAGAGCAAGAGACAGGGAAGUCAAGCAAAGAAGAGCGAGGCAAGUUCAGCUCCCUGGCCUCCAGCUGAUCUAGAGGCUCCCAGUGCCAAGAGCCAGGUAUCUAGCCCCGGUCAGCCAGGCAAGGCCCCAGAGCCUGCCAAAGUGGGCAGUUGUGCAGAACCUGGAGAGGGCAGCCGGGGUAGCCGGCCAGGACCAAGUUGGGCUGACAGCUCCACAACUGAGAAGAAGGGUAGUUCCUGGCAGAAUUGGCCAGGUGAGGCCAAGGCACGGACUGUGGACCAGGAAUCUGUGCAGACCACAGCCCCAGCAAGGCCACAGAGCUUGUUCCAGGGCAAGGGCCGCAGCCGCCGGAGCCGCAACAAGCAGGAGAAGUCAGCCUCCGCCUUGGACGAUGUGUUCCUGCCCAAGGACUUGGAUGGGGUGGAGAUGGAUGAGACAGACCGAGAGGUGGAAUACUUCAAGAGGUUCUGUUUGGAUUCUGCAAAGCAAACUCGUCAGAAGGUUGCUGUGAACUGGACCAACUUCAGCCUCAAGAAAACCACUCCUAGCACAGCUCAGUGAGCCCUGCCCAGGUCGACUUCUCCAGGUCAUCUCAAGGCCCCAACUCAAGCUGCAAAUGUACUUCUCCCUGUGCCCUGCCACCCAUCUGGACCGUCCCUGCUCCCACUGCCCCAACCAACCAAAAGCUGAACGGAUGCCAUGCUGUGCUGGGGCCUUUCAGGACCUCAGCAGAGCUGCUUCCUGGUGCUAAGCAGCCUCCACACUCAGAGCCCAGGGAAUGGGCUGGCCUUUGAGCCAAGGGCUGAUGGUACUGCUGGCCCAACACUGCUCUCUUUGUGUUUGGUUUUUUUUUUUUUUGUUUCUUUUUUUUUAAAAAAUUCUUUACUUUUGAUACUGUGAAUAUCUUUCAUGCAGAAAGAUAAAGGAACAUUUGGACACAGA